UUACAUUCUUAGAAUAGCAAUAGUUGCCUUCUUUUUAUGUUCGAUGUAACUUCUUUAUUAUAGAAAUGGCAUUUAGAUUAGAAUAUAAAGUCGUGUAAUGUAAUGUUUUUUGAAAUAUAUUUGAUUGAAAGCAGUGUUUAAUGUUCCAUCAAAUGAGAAUCAAAAUCUUCACUUUAAAUGGAAAGGAAAUUUUAAAUUUUGUAAAAGAAAUAUAAAAAACAUCUACAAUGACUGAACAUUUAACGCAAAUGACAGAAGAUUCUUACGGAUGGCAUCAACCAGAUGCUGUCUGUAAUAAAUGUCACAAUUUUACAACAGAUUCCUUAUCUCCGAAUCGGAACAUUUUCUUCAGGGAUACCACAUUCACUGGAAUGGUCAGGAUUGUCUGCAAUAACUCGAAAAAUCCAUGUAAAGUCCAUUUUCAUCAGCUUUGUUGGAAACUUAUGAAAGAAAAUUUAUCUCCUAUUAAGAAAUUAUCUGAUAAGGAUGUUAUAGGAUUUGCGUGUUUUACACCUAAUUGUGAAAGUAAUUCUACACAUAGUGUUAUUGAGCGAAUAGAAAUUAUUGAUGAACAAGGAGAAGUUAAAACCGUCAUUGAAGGAACAGUGCCCGCACAACCAGUGAAGCCUACUCCAGUUGCGAAAGGCGCAAUUCGAAAGAAUAUCGUUCCACCAAAACAAAAAAAGCUUUUUGUAAAAUUGAAAAAAUCAUCUCCUGUUGCUGUACAAUCACCGAUAGUUAAAGAAAUUUCCAACUAUUCCAGAUUUGAUCUGGAAUCAAAUCUGCUUGAGUUAGUAAAACUUCGAUCCAGCGACUUCGGACUUCCAUUUGAACAAAGUUGGAAACCAAACGUUGGGAUGUAUGGACCUCUAAACUUACAUGUGAACCUCAAUGACUAUUCUCAUCAUACUUAUUCCUGCACAGAACCCGAGAUAACGGAAUUACACAACUUUACAUUUUCGCUGUUGUAUGAAUACAUCGUUGAAAGUGAAUACGUCAAAGUUAGUGAUAUUCUUUCCAAAUGGAAUGAAGCAAAAAGUUUAAUUCCGGCCUCUGUCAGUGUUGUAAAUAUCGAUAUAGAAAUAAUAGACUUUUUAUUGGAAUCUUCAAACAUUGUGAUGAUUGGAGAAUAUAUCUGCAUCAUACAAAUGCUACCAACUGUUUAUGAUUUAAUUAAAAGAGAAACAAAUGGUGUUCUUGAAGUUGCAUUGAGAAAUGCACUGAACCCCGAUGAUCCGGAUUUAGAAGGCGAAGAUUAUGACGGUUUGUUUAAUCUAAUAGAGCAAAACGACAACGCAAAUACUCUUUUCAUCGAACCAAAAAUUCAAAAUUUUGAAAUGGAAUAUAUGAAAAGCACUCCUUAUUCUUCACAGGCAGAUAAUGAUAAAUAUAUAUUUGGUAGAAAUCCUGCAACUGAAUCGGUCAAAGGCUAUGACAAAAAUUUCGAUGAUUUUAUAUUUAAAGAAGAGGAACCAGUCAGAGAUCUCAAUAAAAAUAUCGAUGUUACUCAGUGCGAACAGGAAUUUGUAUGCGAAAAGUCUAAUGGAAUCUACAGUAUUGAAAAUGUUGAAAAAGAUCUUAAUAAAAGAGAAAUUAUAGACGAAGUAAGUCAAACUUUAAGGACUUAUUUUGAGGACGUUGAUCGAAAACUUCAACAGAAGAGAAAAUCAGUUGAUAGUUUAUCAACAAAAAUUGAGCUGGAAGAAAAUGUUUCAUAUAUGAAUGAUGCUCCCAAGAACAUUAAAGCUGUUGAUAAUAUUGAUAAAGUGUUAGACAACAUUAAAAAUAUGGACGACGUUAUUUAUAAACAGUGUGUUGAUCAUAUUAAACAUUUAAAUAAUCAAAUAGAUAUAGUAACUAGAAAGAAAAAUGUUGCUGAGCAGAGAAUUGCUCAAAUGUACCAUGAUAACGGUAUUAUAGUGAAAAGUUACGAAGAAGAGCGGAAUAAGUUAUCAGUCGAAAAUGAAAAUUUAAAAAUUCGAUACAACUCGCAAAUUCAAGAUUAUGCUAAGUUACGUGAAAAUAUGAUGACAGUCCUUCAAGAAAAGGAAGAUUUGAAAUGUGAGCUUGAGAAGAGCGAAAACGAUAAAAUUAAAGUAACCGGAGAGUUGCAGUCCAGAUCAUCAGAUUUAGAGAAAGAACGAGAAUCUUCUUUAGAAUGGACAAAAAUGUUAUUUAGAAAAUGGCUUGAUGAACAAUUGAAAGCUAAUGGGAAUUUAUUAAACGGUCACAUAGAGCAAUGCAAUACAGCAAUACAUGUCUUUAAUAGCGUAAAUAAAUAUGCAAAUGAUGUUUUACGAAUAAAGUUAUUUCCUGAAAUGCAAGAAUGGUAUAAAGUUAAGACCAAUAUGCAAGAGGUGAUGACUGCUCAACAGAAUGAACAUAAAAGAUUGGUUGAUUUACUAAAUUCGAAAACCGAAUUCUCUCACCUGGAUGAUUUCAACUUGAAAAUAUCUCAAAUUCUCCUAAAGCCAGCUAUACCUUUGGCUGAAAGUGUUCAUCAAGCUUUUCAAAUUUCACAUAGGCAUAUAGUGCAUCGCAUGUCAAAUAUUCCGCCACCUCAUCCACGACCGGGAAUUUAUCCACCCCAAAUGGAUCCCAGAUUCCCGCCGCCGCCUAUGUAUCUAAUGAAUCAUGGAUAUCAAGGCUUUCCAAGGCAGAACAUGAUGGGCAACUGGCAACAGCAAGUUAGGCACCCACAACAAUUCAUGAAUAUGCCACCACCACCUCCAGUUUCGAUCUACAAUGAACCAAACAGACCAUUAAAUAUUGAUAAUACAAUAGUUAUGAAUGACAAUGAUAAAACAUUUUACUCUGGCUCAAGAGAAGAUUUGGUAAAUGACAAUGAUGUUAGUUUGAAUGAUGUUGUGCUGGAAGAGAAAGAUGAAUUGAGUGAAGCUUCAAGUUUAGGAGGAAGUACAACUUCUCUGUCUACGUCGGAUAUCUCUCCUCAAAAUGGAUUUCAUCAAAUUAAAGUACCAAAGUAUGGAGCUGAUAGAAUUAUGGAGAAAUUGCGCUUAGAAUUUGUCGGAGUUCCUGAAUAUGAUUUAAUCGAUUGUAUUCUACAAUUAAGGAAAGACCAUCAUAAUAGUUUAAGCGGAACAAACAUAUUCGAAAUUAUAAAUGAAGCUAGACAAUUCGUUUUGAAAAGACAACGACAACAUAUCUUCGAUUAUAACGACACUCCUAAUGAACAUAAAGAAAAUAACGACAUUAACGAUAAAAUUCCAGAAAUCAAGGAUAACUUUCAUCCCUUUGGAAUGGAGAAGUUACGUAAACGUAAUAAUUCUGUUUCUUCGUCAUCUUCAAUAGGCGCUGCAACUAUUAAGAUUGAAGCUCAAACUACAAAAAAAUCUUCAGGAAAGUCGGCUUGGGUUCCGAUUAAAGCAAGUGCUAACAACUGGACAAAGGAUACCAUUGAAGCGGAGUGUAAUAUUUGUUUUGAAGCGCUGGAUCAAGUUGCGAAUGGAAAAAGUGUCUCUACCUUAGAUUGCCAACACUCAUUCCAUAAAGAGUGUAUAAAACAAUGGUUGAAUAAUAGCCGCUCGUGUCCUAAUUGUAGGGAGUACGCUACCCACCACGAGGACUACCCUCCACUUCCCUAAAUACUUACAUACUUGUAUUACGUUAUCUUAAGGACAUCAAAUGUAUCAUACAGUUUGUUUCUAUUUUUUCAAUUAUUUUUUAUACUUUUUCACAUAGUUUUCCAUACAAUCUGUUAUUAUUUUUCUGUGAAUUAUUUUACUUUAUAUAACAAUACUGUUUAGAAAAACAUUGUAAUAUCUUUUUUUUUAAGAAAAAAACAAAAGAAAUGAUUUCAGAUGUAAAAUAAAUAAUUUUCGUAAAAAAUA